AUGGACUACAUACUCCCUGGCAAUUAUUGCUUUGAGGGUAUUGAUGAUGAGUCCUUGAAAUUGAUAAUCCAGCUUCAGCUUGAAGAUAUCGAGUACUCAUCUUCCAAGGGUAAAGGUCGAGCCGAUGGUGUAUCCGAUAUCUCUGUUGCGUUUAACCUUCAAAAGGAGGAAUUGGAAAAGACUGCUUUGUUUCUGUCUGAUCAGCGAAUGACGAGAAGUAUUGCACUGGCCGUACAAGCUGAUGGGGAUGUUUUGACUGAGACGGUAUCACGCGAUGACAGUUCUGCCAGAGACCACGCGAUGGCCCUGCAGUUAUAUCGGGACCCUCACCUAGAGAAUAUUACACCAGAGCCUCCCACGAUUACUCCACCGCAUACACAGAUCUUGAACGAAGAGGUCUUGCAAAAACUUCAAAUAUUGUACAUCUCUGGCGUCGACUCGAAAGACGACAAUACAGCAGAGUUAGAUGAAAAAGAUGGUGGCUCACUAGCUGAUUCACUUGCAGAAUCUUCGACUUGGGCAGCUUCUCGAUCCGUAUCUUCCAGGACAACAUCGACAACAUGUGUUAUUUGCCGCGAUGAGAUAAAUUUCUGCGAUGCAGCCCGAGUUCCUGGUUCAUGCCGUCACGAAUAUUGUCGCGCCUGUCUUGAGCACCUUUUCCACUUAUCAAUGAGUGAUGAAUCACUCUUUCCGCCCCGCUGCUGCAACGAACCGAUUACUGUCGCCAGUGUACGCCUUUUCCUCACAAUUGAUAUCGUAAGUGCUUUCGAAAAGAAGAAGAUUGAGUUUGAGACACCAAACAGAAUUUACUGCUGCUCCAAGCCUUGCUCAGCUUUCAUCCACCCGUCAAAAAUCAUCAACAAAGUAGCUACCUGUGAUGACUGCGGCAGGCGAACUCACACUUUGUGUAAGCUGGAGGCACAUCUUGGAGAUUGCUCGAAUGACACAGCCUUGCAGGAGGUUUUGGACCUUGCUAGAGACAUGGGUUGGCAAAGAUGUUACUCAUGCUGGGGCAUGGUAGAGCUUGAACAUGGAUGCAAUCGCAUGAAAUGUCGAUGCGGCGCCACGUUCUGCUACACCUGUGGACAGAAAUGGAAAACCUGCAGAUGUCCACAUUGGCACGAGGAUCAACUAUUAGCCCGUGCAACUGAAAUCGUCAACCGCAGACCUGGUCAUCAACUACUCGAGCGUCCUUAUCAGCCCAUCGGACAAGGAUCUGUAACUGAUGCUCAAAUUGCGAUAGCUGCGCAAAACCUUCGCGAAAACCACGCAUUGAAGUUAGAUCCCAUGCAUAACAUAAGUCUUCAAAAGCUCAUGGUUUUGGUAUAA